GGGAGUUUUAUAAGCAGUGGAGAUCUGACCGAAGGCCCAAACCGGUGGCCGGAGAUGAGGAAAGGGGCAAUGGAGAGAGGGCAGAACAGGCGAGAGGAGCACAGCGUGCUGUGGGAGCAUCUCUGUAUCAUCACCGACCGGAGAUGCCAGAUAGGCGUACCAGCUCAGUUCCAUCCAGCCACUUGCAAACCUGCCAGUUGCCCACCUUCUGCUGGGGCCAAGCCAAAGGGAUGAAGCCUCGAGCUCUUGCCAAGCCUGCAGCAAGGUUAAAGCACCGAGAAGUUCCCCCAGCCAGCCAUGAGCCAGAGCGCAGGUAUCUUAGCUGCAGUGAGAUGGAAGAAGAGCCUGGAAAACAAUUGCUCGUCAGGAGGCGAUGGGAGCAGAAAAACUCGAGAAGUACUCCAGAGGAAAGAAAGAAGUGCAAAGAACUGGUGAAGAAAGAGGUGCCAGUCAAGGAGGGCAUGUAGGCUGUAGAGGAGGACACGGAUUAAAGAUGUUAAAGCGGCAGUGGAGAGAAGAGAACAUUUCUUUGGGGUUUCCUGUUCUGACAGCAUCUGGCGACCCAUGGUCAGAGGAGCCUCCCCAGCCAGGACGGGAUUCUGAGAGCACCUGGUCGCUGUCUUCGUUCGACAGCAGCGACAUGACGACGGUGUUUGGAGAACACCUCCAGCCUUCGCAGAUGACAGAAGUUCUCCUGGUGGCCAUUGAGGCCUUGGCAUCAGACGACGCCUCCGACAGGCAGAUGGGCAGCAGCGUCGUGGACAUGGCCGUGAGAGACCCUGCCGGCUGGCUGACGGAUGUGCCAAAGGUGACGAGGUCCAUCCACAGAACCGUGGAGCGCAUCCAGAGCGAGCCAGCCCGGCACAGCCUGGACUCGCUCCUUCUCCUGCUGAUCAAGUGGUGCUCCGAAGAAGUGGUGGGGAGCCUGCUGAAGAUCUCUCCGGCCUGUGACAGCGCUGCCCUGGCCAUGUGGGAGGUGAUGCUCUCCGUGCCUUGGGCUUUGUGGAACGUCUUGAUGGAGCUGCUCAACGUGCUCCAGGACCAGAAGCUGCGCAAGGUGUUCAGCUCUGCCACGGAGGAUGCCUGCAUCUACCCCUUGUUUCUGCUGGUCUGUCCUGGCGUUGACCCCGAGGAGUUUGCUGCCCUCUACAAAGCCCAGCGGUACCUGAGGCAUCCGAGCCCGCUGAUGCUCUCGCUGGUGCUCAGGGUCCUCCUGACGCUUUCCGAGAGCCCGGAGAUGGCCAGAAGAAUGCCCGUGCUGGUGCCAGACCUCGUGGAGACCCUGCAGGACGCCAGUGCUGACGUCCAGACGAAGGCCCUGCUGUUCUUCAGGAACCUGCUGGUCCACCUGAAGCAGGAGGAGGCCAGCCUCAUCGCUCUGCAGCUGGCGGAGAAGCUCCUGCCCCUCUUUGAUGACGAGUGCAGCCAGCUGCGGGAGCUCUCCAUCAGCCUCUUCCGAGAGGUGGUGAAGGCUGUGGCGAAGCAGGGGAGAAACAAGAAGAAGAUGGCGCUGCAAGUGCGGAGGGUGCUGCUCCCGCUGCUGCUCCACGUGGCCGACCGGAGCGAGAGCGUGGCCCAGGCCUCCAGGGACACCCUCGCAAGCUGUGCAGAGUUCCUGGGGUGGACGAGGCUCAGCUCCCUGGCCGAGACAUGUGAGACACGCCUGAUUGGGGAGUGCUUGUUAGCGCCCGACAGGAGCAGGGCGGAAGAAUAUCUGCGCCAGAGCCUGCCGUACCUGAAGGACAGUCAGGCCAGCUUGCGAGAGGCGGCCGCCAGCUUCCUCGGGCUGGCUGCACAGCGCCUGCGGAACCUCAGCCAGGAGAAGCGCUGGGAGAUCUGUAACGCCCUCCUGCCCUUGGCGAAAGACCCCGAACUCUCGGUCAGGUCUGUGGCAGCUCACACCGUCUCAGUCCUGACCCUGACAGAGUGGAGCCCAACAUGGAGAUGGCGCCUGCGGUCGCUGGGCUGCUGGCUCUGCUGAGCGCCGCAGGGAUGAAACUCUUCGGAACGCGGCCCUGCCGACUUCUUUUCCACCAAGGCUGGAGCAACAAGCCCAGUCCCGCGGGGUCCUUCCCGUGGGGACCGCCCUGGGUGUGCUGAGCAGUGUCAUUCCUGGGCGCUGCCUGGAGGACAGCACGCUGGGAGCCAGGGUGUCCUUGUGACGCAGCCCCAGCUGCCCCGCCAGAGCCCAAAG